AGAACAGGAUAACCAGAGGUGGAAGCAGGGCGUGAUAUGGGAAGAUCAGGAUGUAGAGGGUGCGCAUGUUGACAAUGAGGAGAGUGAUGAGGAUGAUUAUAGCGAGGAUGCCAGUGGUGUGGCUGCAAGGGUGGCUCAGCUAGAUAGGGAGCAACGGCAGGAGAUACGGCGGGACUUGGAUGCGAUACUGACAACAUGCCAAGUGGCAGCCGCAAGUGCUGGUGGGAGAGCCGACCCCGCUGCAGCUCUGGUUUCGGUUAGGUUCCUUGCACUUGCAUCGUAUUCACGCACACUGGCACAGAGAGCUGACAACGCUACACUAGGAGCUGAAGCAUCGCAAGGAGGGAAGAGGGUUGAUGCACAAUGGGCAGAGGACGUGUCGGCAUUGCUUCGCACGAUGGUGGCUUUGGCUGAAGGUGGCCGGACUGGUUCACUGAGGGACCAGUCUCAGAUUUUAGGCACUCUGGAGGCAAUCUGCCAUCAAGCCAUUGGUCGGGUCUCUGGCCAUUGAUGUACCGCGGUUCCGUCGCUUCAUUAGGCGCUUCAGCUGAUGUUUUAGAUUUUGCUGGUUGCGUGCUUGGAUAGGCCAUGAUUUUUUUUCUGUAUGUGUAAGAUGAGGUUUCUGUAAUUAGGAUAGUAGUAGGCUUUCUAGGUAGGCUAAUAUUCAUCUAAAUUGUUAUGUGCUGUAUUACGAAAUUAAGUUUA